AUGCUGGCGGGGCUUUCGCAGCCAGGCCACCCCAACGUGGUCCGGCUCCUCGGCGCGGUGGAGGAGAGGCUCACGCGCUGCGUCAUCCUCGAGUACUGCGACGGCGGCGACCUGCAGCAGGCGCUGCAGCGGCCGACGCCGCGCCGCUUCUUCUUCCGCGUCGCAUCGGGCGUCGCCGCCGGCCUCACCUUCCUGCACGCCAACGGAGUGAUGCACCGCGACCUCAAGUCGCCAAACGUGCUGCUGCACGGCGAGCACGGCGUCAAGAUCGCCGACUUCGGCCUCGCCGCCGGCGUGCAGCCGACGGGCUUGACCCGCACGCACUGCUUGGGGCGCGAGAUCGUGAUGCACGAGGCCUACUCCAAGAGCGCGGACGUCUUUUCGUACGCCAUGAUCCUCUUCGAGCUCAUCACACACACCGUCCCCUUCUCCGACCGCUCGGCGCUGCAGGCCGCCGUCUCCAUC